CAGACAUGUUUACCAAGAGUCGAGAUGCACCAGAGAGACUCUCACCAGUCACAUAAUGAUCGAUCGAGGCACCCAAACCUAUAUGGUUUAUGAUCCUAUAUAUGAAAUCAAUCAGUGUAUUCGUCACACUUCUGAAUCAGAUCGAUGCUUUUCCAAACCUUCUAUCAUAUGCAUGUUGGGGUACAACUCUACCAGCCAACACAUAUAUGUUUACCUGCUAUAUACUGAGUGCAAGUCACACGAUAUUGCUUCCGGGAUUCAAUCCGGGCACGCAUGCUGCCGAUUCAAAUUAGUUCAGAGGGUAGCGUUACUUGCCAUGGCUACCACUGCAACUAUCUCUGCUGGUCGUCGAUAUGCGCCAGAGGACGCAACUCUCCCGAAAUGAUGUAAAGGAAUCCUGAUGCCUAUGUGUCUCGAUAUGAUAGGCCUGCGGGCUCAGCUCCUCCGUUAAAGGCUUCUACUGAGCCCUCUAUAAGUUCUUCUGUUCAAGAUCACCAAUCUUCACAAGGACAACUUCGUCAUGUGGGAGAUGAUCGGUAUGGCAGGGGCAGCAAUGGUGGAUCAAAGGUUGAGACAGGACCGAGGAAUGUGCAAGCAAUAGAGGUAUGAUACAAGCAGACAAGAGAAAACAUAGAUUUGUUUUUCAUAGAGUGCCGUUGAUUUAUUUUCUUCUUACCUGCCAGCGAUUAUAUGGUUUGAAGUUUUUUUUUGAUGUUACUGACGGCUUCUCGUUUUUUUUCUCUCUUAGGGUGAUAAUGUGCCACCAUUUACUACCUUUUGAAAAUAUUUAUUGGGAGGAAGGAAAUUUCUCUCUUAUUGGCACCAUCAUAACACCAUUUACUACAUUGUUGUCACUAUUUGCACCAUCCCGAUUAGCGCCGACCUACAUUUCCAAGAAAAUGAAAAUAUUUAUCUGAGAAUGCUUGUAUUGUAAAUUUUUCUGGUCAAUU